CCACCAAAACACAAUUUCAUUCAAAGACAUCCAUUUUCUUUUAUUUUCAUAUCUUUUUUUUCUUCUUUUUCUCUAUCUAUCCUAGAUUCUAAAUGAUCAUUACAAGAAACAUGGAUGUUCAAAAUGAAAAUCCAAAUAUGGUAGAAGAAAAUAAAAUCCUAUGCAGUUUCUUUCACGGAAAUAUCUUUAUACUUACAAAUGAAGAAGAAGAAUACUGCAAUUACAAUUAUAAUAAUGAAAAUAAUACCUCUAGUUAUAUAUUAGGUUGUGAGGAUUAUGAUGAAAGAGGAAACAAUGAGGCAGAAAGAGCUAUUUAUUGGGAAUCACAACAAGCCUUGCUGCAGGAAAUUUUGGAGCAAUAUAGCUUGAUUGGAUCAAAACUACGAGAAGGGAUUACAAGAAAUAUUGAUAGAGUUAAAGAGGGAAAUGUUUGUGAAUGUUCAAAUCCAAAAGUAGAAGGAUGUGCUAAGUGCUUAAGGAGAAGAGUGAUACAUCAGCUUUGUGAAAAGGGAUUCAAUGCAUGUCUUUGUACUUCCAAAUGGAAACACACCUCAAAGAUGCCAGGAGGUAGACAUGAAUACAUAGAAGUGAUAGCAAGCACACAAGGAAGAAAGAAGAAAAUCCCAUUCUUGAUAGAAUUGGAAUUUCAAGAUGAAUUUAAGAUGGCAAAAGCAUGCAAGGAAUAUAAAAAACUAAUAAGCCAAUUGCCAGAGGUUUUCAUAGGCAAGUCCGAGCACUUAAACGCCAUUAUUCGAUUGAUGUGUGAUGCAGCCAAGAAAUCAACAGAACAGCAAAGAAUCCAUUUGGGUCCGUGGAGAAAGAGGAAUUUCAUGCAGAUGAAAUGGUCAGCUAAUAAUUCAAAUACUACUGCAGAAAGGAGAGUAGUUAAUACUAAUAUUAUUGAUCAACAAACUUUGAGUAAACUAAGGUUGAAUAUUUCACCAAGGCAAGAAGUAGUCUUGAAUGAUGUUAGGCCUGGUUUGGAGUUUGCUGCUGCAACUGCUGUCAAAGUUGCAUAAAUUAACACUUCCCAGGUCUUGGAUAAAUGUAGUAGGCUACCUAUUCCUAUUUUGCGAAGAUUUUAAUGGUUUUGAGAUUAUGAGUUAGGUUUUUUGUUGGAACUUGUGAAGAGUUAUGAACUACCGGCACGUCUAGUUAUGACAUCCAAUUUUAAUAUUUA